GAACGAUUUAACUAUUACCUGCACUACUUAAAAGAUGGAUGACCACGAGUCUGCAGAGAGGAUAGCCAAUGUUUUUGCCGAUUUUCAGUCAUAUUUCAACAAAGAACAAGAUUUAAGAGAGGAAAUCCGAUCCUCUGUCCGUGAUUUAGAACAAACAGCUAGGGAAAUCCACGCAAUUCUGCAGCAAGUACAUCAAAGAGAUGGAAGUAAAAAUGUUGCUAAUAUAUGCAAAAGCACUGACCCAUAUUUUGAAACAGCUAGAAAGCAGUUCCAGGAAUUAAGUUCGAAGGUUGCAGAAAAUCAGUAUUAUAGGUUUCAUGACCACUGGAAAUUCGCUCUUCAGAAGCUUUCCUUCCUGUCAGCCCUAGUUACCUACCUCAGAACAGAAAAACUCGUCACAAGGGAGGAGACCGCAGGGAUGAUGGGAGUGAAACUGAAACAAGAAGAAGGCUUUCAUAUGGAUUUAGAUGACUAUUUGAUUGGUUUACUCCAGAUGGCUAGUGAAUUGUCCAGGUUGGCAGUAAACUCAGUAACUGCUGGGGACUUUAAUCGACCAAUGAGAAUUGCUAAUUUUGUAGCCGAACUGGAUGCUGGAUUCCGACUUCUGAAUCUUAAAAAUGAUGCCCUGCGCAAGAGGUUUGAUGGACUGAAAUACGACUUAAAGAAGGUGGAAGAAGUCGUGUAUGACUUGUCAAUCAGAGGUCUAAAACCUGAUGAAGGGACGUGAGAUGUUCAGUAAGCACUCUCUGGAAUUAGUCUGAACUUGUGCAAUCACAGUGAGGACUAAAAUGCAACAGGGAAUGGGUUACAUUUGUAAGCUACACCUUAAAAAUGAAAUUCUGAACUGUUUUCUACAGUGUUUUGGUCUUUUUGAAUGAAAAAAAAAAAUUAGAGCUGCUUGCAGUCAACAGUUUGGUGAGCAGCAUUACAGCUGUAUUUGAAUACUGUAUUAUAAAUCACAAGAUUCAGUAGCAAUCAGACAGUUCUUAAAUGACUUUUGACAAAAAAAGAAAUAACAGUGGAAUGGAGAUAAUGAAUAUGAUGAAGAAACAACAUUCAUGUAGCAACAUAUAGUCAUAUACAUGUAUGAAAACAAUUUUUUAGAGUAAAGUUUUUAUAACUUAAAGAAAAGCUUGACGAGUAAAUAUUCAAACAGAUACUUGUAUCCAUGUUUUGAAAAUUUUCACAAGAUUUGAAGAAUAAGCAUUAACUUCAAAUGUGCAGCAAUAUCACUUGCCUGAUUUUACUACAUUUACUUAAUUUUGUAUUUGUCUUCUGAAUUAGAUGUACAUCACUGUUAAGAUAAAAAGAGGAAAGUAAUGUUGUUCUCACAGCAAAUUGUUCUCUAAGUCAGUAAGUUACAUACAUCAAGUAAAUCUGAGGAAUACUAAUUUCCUGCUACAGAAUUAUGGCAGAAAGAAAGAGAUACACUCCAGUUACAAUUUUAAAACUUAUUUUCUAAAUUUUACUAUUGCUGUCAUGCACUGACCUGUUAUUUAAUAUGCAUCUACAUUUUUCAAUGAAAAGUGCAUUUUGUCAAUUUGUUUCUCAAGAUAUAUGAAUGAUGGUCGAUGGAGGGAAGGUACAAUAAGCAAAUGAAAGAAUAAUUUGUGUCCUAUAUGGUGAUGAUGUUGUUUUCAACUAAAAAGUUGUUUGUUUUCCUUUGUUCAAUUUUUAUUUCAACAGUUGGUUUUUGACUUUUAAGUGUACAAAGGGAGACCUGA